GUCGGAACUAAAGUCAUUCUUCGUGUGGGUUCCUCACGAUGUUGCGUCUUCAUCAUUUUCUUCUCUUAGGCGUCCUAGUGGUGAUAUCUACUGCUAGGAGGUCGCCUAAUGCGGAUUAUGUAGAAAAGUUAUUCAGAACUGGAGAAUACGCUGGAAGAUAUUCAGAUAACAUAAUUGAAGAUGCUCUUUUGGAUGUUCCAGGUCUUGUGGCCAAAUAUGGCUACCCGAUAGAAGUACACACAGUAACCACCCCUGACGGGUACAUUCUGGAGGUCCACCGCAUCCCUCAUGGCAGGGAUCAGAAUAACACUCCAGAUCCCAACAAACCUGUGGUCUUCUUGUUCCAUGGACUCAUAUCGUCUUCUGCUGACUAUAUUGUUCUUGGUCCUGGAAACGCUUUAGCCUAUAUUCUUGCUGAAGCCGGCUACGACGUUUGGCUAGGCAAUGCCCGAGGCAACUUCUAUUCAAGACGGCACGUAUCCCUCAGCCCUAGUUUUGGCAGAGCGAACGUUGACUUCUGGAAAUUCAGCUGGGACGAAAUUGGAGACAUUGACCUACCAGCUAUGAUCGAUUACAUUAUCGAAGAGACUGGUCAGCCCAAGAUGCACUAUAUCGGCCAUUCCCAAGGCUGCACUAGUUUUUUGGUUUUGAAUGCUUUGAGGCCUGAAUACAGUGAAAAAUUCAUCAGCUUCCAGGCCUUGUCUCCUGGAGCUUUCUUCAUUUACAACGACAAUUUGUUUUAUCGGCUGUCUAUUUUAGAAGGUGUAUUAGAGGAAACUGCUUACGCUAUAGGUCUCGGUGAAGUUCUGGGUAGCCGGCAAUUCUUCACUUGGUUCGGCACCAAUGUCUGCACCCAAGGUCCCGCCCUUGGCUUCAUAUGUGACUCAUUAUUGAAUCUGAACAAUCCAGAUUACUACAACAGCACAAUGACGCCUCUCUUCUUUGGUCACGCUCCGGCUGGCUCUUCUGUAAGGCAGGUGAUGCACUACGCACAAGGCCUCAACACCCACAAAUUCAGGCGAUACAAUGAUAUCCCGAUCAGGAAUAUCGAGAGAUACGGCCGUCCCACCCCUCCCGAAUAUGACCUUAACAGAGUCACGGUUCCUACACACUUGUACUACAGCUAUAGCGAUGAUAUAGCACAUUAUUUGGAUGUUGAGCACUUAGCUGACAAUUUACCAAAUGUUAUUGAUAGAAUUAUUAUGGAAAGAUUCAGUUUUACUCACUUCGAUUUCAUUUGGGGCAUCGAUGUUAAGGAACAGUUGUAUGACAAGCUUCUUGAGAUCAUGCUUAGUUACCAUUGAUUGUAAUAGAGGAUUUUCUUAAUUUUAAUUGCAUCUGGUGUUAAAAGAAAUUGGUUGUUAUAAUUGAAGAAAAUGUGAUAAUGUCCAUUAUUUGAUUUGAUACAAAAAUUAUGUUUUUUAGAUAAGCUUUUAUUAUCGUCAGAUGUUGUUGCAUUCAACGCUUGACAAAAAUUAAUGUCUGUUAUCAACCGUUGAAAGUCGAUCCUGGGUAUACCGUCGGGUCAUGCAAUGUCGUGGAAAUUGCAGCGACGCGGAAAACUCCAACACUGUAGGAAAAGCGAAAGUAGGUUAAAUUUAACUUGAAAAAUGUAAUUACAGACAGAACAACAGACAGACAAACAUUGCAGGCAUACGGUUGAAAUAAAUGAAAACAUCAUUUUUAUAAUCGAGUAUGAUUUAUCCAAAAAUAUUUUCUUUAUUGAGUAAGUAAAGUUUAAUGCUACGAGAAUACGUGCUAUAUUUACAGAACUCUAUAAAAGUACUAUCAAAACAACAUUGCCUCCGAUUAUUUUAAAAAUAAAGCAAGUACCUACCUAUUUUUUUAAAUUUUUUUUGAAUACUUAUUUUUUUAUCAAAAAAUUUAUGUGUAAAGAACAACUUUGGUACGUACUAUUAAAAUAUGCAAUUAUGAAAAUAGAAUUAAUAUAAAACACAUAUAGUAUAGUACAUACGUUAUAUUGAAAAGUUAAAAAAAAUUAUGUGAACGUGGCACCCUUCUUGAUAAAAAGUUAAAAAAUAAAAUUAGGAAAAAAAUAAUAAUUUAGAUAAUUUAGAUAAUAAAUCUAAAGUUACCAACUAAGUUGAAAAGGGGUCUGGAAAAAUAAGAUUUCAGAUUCACACAAGGUGAGUUGUAAAGAACAUAAUAACAAAAUAAAUCAUAUAAGUUGAAUAUUAUGAAAAAAAAAAAAACAAAA